GUGCUAUUGUUGUUGUUUUUGGACUGUGUCUUGUGUGUCGCCUGCCGCUUUUAUUACAUGGUCCUGUGUUCGAUGGUUGUGUCUAAGCGCGCAUCUUCCUUUGUGGCGUCUACUAGGGUGGAUUCCGAUGUAUCUCCAGUUUCCCACCAAUGGCCGUUCAUUGAAUCUGAAGUCCGUCGUAUUCUUGGUUCAUGUCAUAUAUUCAGUUCUGGCAGUGAGGUGGUGUUGUGUGAUUCCAAGGUUACAAAGUGGUUACGAGUACUGUCGACUCUACACUCCCGCAUGGGUCGUAUGAGCGCAGCCAGACAAUUGACUUUGAGUUAUCCAGGCAACUGAGAUAUCACUGUCGGAAUGAACGUAUUCACAACUUGUUUGGGUAACAAAAUAUUAAAAAAGUUAAGGCCCCUCCGGGCGGUUAAGAGGCAAGUUGCACGGAGCAAACCAACACAGAGGGUUAACUCCAAAUACUUGCUGUAGGUUGGCUCCAACGCCCAUGUCGUAUAUUCCGUUAUCCUUAGUUGCUUCAUCUAAGUUUUCUAUGGUAGUGGAGUUUUUGAGUACGAGUCUGAAG